AUGGGACUUUCCCGUGACCUUGACACCCUCACCCCUUUCGGCCGCUUUCUAGCGACGCGUCGGGCCGCGAUGCGACGGACACGUUUGCCCAACCCGCGUCUCGUCCUUUCCCACAGCCCCCACCGACGCAUAGUGCUGCGCGCCGCAACCGCGGGCCAGUAUUCGACGGCAUUCGAUCGUCGCGAGCAUCUUCGCGCCGCGUUCCGUAAC